GCCCCUCUUGAUUCUGAUCCCUGCGUGGAAAGCGCUCUGAGAGAUGCACGGUCCUCCCCCUGCAUGUUCUGCUGCUGAAAAACUCGCGAGCGAUUCCAAGCUGACUGAAAUCAUUCCCCCAAAGCCAGCGUGGAGUGUCCAUCAGAGAAGAAGAGUCCCACGGGCCCACGAACCUCCAGCAACAUUCAGGCACCAACACAGCAGCAGGCUGACUUUUACGCGCAUUCCUCUCAGAUCAGGCUUUGUCUGAAGGAGUUGCGUAAGUGCAACUGAUAUCAAACCAGGCGGCUGUAACUGAUCAGUUGGAUUCAGACUGGACUCGAAGAAAAAGUUUAGAUUUCAACCUGUUUGGAUUUUGAACAAAAUGUCGAAACCGAACUUCACCGGCACGUAUCAUAUGGUGGAGCAGGAGAACAUGGACUCGUACCUAGGAGCUUUAGGUAAGACUCAGCUCUGACUUUUAGCACUUUCAAUUUUAAAACCUCUGUUCAAAGAGGUUUCAACUUCAGGACUUCUUCUUUGUGGUGUCUUGCUUCUGAAUGGUACCAAAAGAAAAGGGGAGGGACAUUAGAAAGAAAAAAACAGCAUCACUUCUUUUCCCUACUAUUAAACUUUAAUAAAGUAAAUAGAUAAACUAUAAUUCUGCAUGUUGACACUUGAAAACAGCCUUUUUUCUUUGCAUAACACACUCCUCUUUCUCUCUCAUUGGAACAAGCUGUCACGUUUUUCUUACUGUGGUGCUUAUAAAAAAAAACCAAAAUUAUCUUCAGAGAUUGAUUUCAUGCUGUGGGACAUUUUUCUCUGCAGCUGCACAUCAGUGUGGAUGAAAUCACCACCUUGUCCUUUGUAUGACCCCAAACAGACACACACCCACCCACAUACACACACACACUGUGGGAGCAUAUUCAGUAUGUCUGCUCUCAGUGGGAGACCCUUUUAUAUAAAGGAACAAUAAAGCACAGUUCCUCUCUUUUUCAUGUGUUGUUUCUUAUCCUCUUCUAGAUAUAAAUUUCGCUCUGAGGAAGAUUGUGUGUCUGUUGAAGCCCACCAAAGAGAUCACCCACGACCCGUCCACAGGAGCCAUGAGGAUCCGCACCCUCACCACCUUUAAGAACUUCAACAUGGAUUUCACCAUCGGGAAAGAGUUUACUGAAGACCUGGGCCCUGUAGACGGGCGAACAUGUCAGGUGUGUGUUUUCACUAAUGUAUUCAGAGAAGUUUUGGCUCUUCUGAUGAGGGUGUUGAGUAUCAUAACUGCCUAUACAAGUUUGUGUUGUGUUAGAGGAGUAACAUCAGAGGUAAGCUGACCCACCUACUGCUGUGAUUUUGUGUUUGUAGUUGCCUCCCUGCUGCUUAAACCAUGACUUCAACUAACAGUGAGUUAUGUUUGAGCAAAACAGUGAGCGACGAACAAAAGCUUUUAAAAAAAACAACAACACAAGAAUAAGAACCGCAGCCUCUUCUGAGAGUAAAUUCAAAAGAAAAACUGAACAGAAAGGGGCAGAAAAAGAGGUUUUCUUCGCUCGUUUCCAGCCUUUUGCACGACACAAAGACAGUGCAGCCAAACUCAAGAGCUACUUUACAUACUAAUAGCACACAGUGACACAGCAUAUCUGUUUUUCCGCAGACUACAGUGAACUGGGACGGAGCGAACCUGGUUUGUGUACAACGAGGAGAAAAAGAGGGACGAGGCUGGACUCACUGGCUGGAGGGCAACAAGCUGCAUUUGGUAAGGAUGGGUGUGGAUGGAGAGAAGCGAUGGAGGAAAGAGCAGAGAGAGAGAUGGAGGAUGAGGAAGAAGGAAAAUAGAUACAAGAGGAAGAAGGGUGGGGAAAAAGAUAUGCUAACUAAAGGAUAUGAUGCAAAUGCAGCCAGCGGCAGGGUUUGGAAGUGUAUAAGUGUCUUUGUGGGACUUAGUUAAACAUAUGAAAAGAGUCCUAUAAAAGACUCUUGAAUGCAUGUCUUUAUAAGUGUUACAGUGACUGAGGACCAAGGGGACGGAUUUUCUCUGCUCAUUUUGAUCCUAAAAGAGCUUAUAGAUUAGUUUGUCAAUGCUGAUUAAGAUUCGAAACAAUCAGUAUUGUUCCACUAAAGGAUUUUCUAAUUCUUCUGUUACACCCCAGACAAAGCCACGCGUUGUUGAUGUCCGCAAGCAGGCGAGCAUUGGGAAAGAAAUGCCAGCAAGGAUCAGUCUCUUACACGGGGGGGGGGGGGGUCUCCUCUGAUGUGACGGACUGUAUUAUUGAUUCUCGCUCUUCAUUUACACCCCCUCCUCUUCCUUUUCCUCCCCCUCCCCCUUCUCUUCUUGAUGGUAUCUUUCCUCUCUGCAGGAGAUGAGAGUUCAAGGCGUCGUUGCCAAGCAAGUCUUCAAGAAGGCCGAGUGAAGUAGCUGACCGUGUGUUUUAGUUAAUCACCUCAAUUUAUUCUGAAUAGAAUAUAGUUGAGAAGCUGGUUUGAUUCAUGUGUACAAUUAUUUUUAUUAUAAUCAACAUUAUUUUGGACUGAAUAUCUGUAUAUUCUUAAUGUCAUGCCUGAGAAGAGACCACAGAGACUUGUGUAAACAUUCCCAGUAUCUUUCCUGGUAUUGCACUAUCUAUCUCCUCCAUGUUAUAAAGAAAUCAUAUUUCUUGUGGCUUG